AUGGCCUCAGAUAUCAUCCCCUUCCCUCCGGGCAUCACCAACGAAGACAUCAAAGGCUGGGGCAGCAGCAGCCUGGCGGCCCUCGACCCCACGACCAACCACAUCCUCAAAUUCCCCAUCAACGACACCGAACGCAUCCCCUGCGACCUCGAAAAAUCCAUCUACAUCCGUCUCUCCCACUCCCCGUAUCCCCGUCCCCCCUCCAUCCUCCAAUACCACGGCGCAACACCCCACGGCAUUCUCCUCGAGUACGCGGAACACGGAACUCUACUUCGCUACUUAGACUUCGAACCUCAGUUCUAA